GCGAGCGCGCCUCCGCCCUGGACGAGCGCGCACGCGUGCGUCGCAACUGUCAGCAAAGCGCCACCGCGUGCGUAAACAGCUGCAGCCUGCCAGCUCGUGGAACGUGCAGAUGACUUGAGCAGGGUCGGGGAUUUAUCGCUCCGAUUUGGAGACUGCAGGUUUUUUCUUUUGUAAGCAUUACUGGCAUGAGCGGCUCGAUUGAACGGCGAAAGAGAGAAUGAGAAUCGUGGAUUUUGUUUCCACUCAGCACAGAAGAGAACUGACUCUAAAGGCCUCUCAAUAGUGAUCAUUCUCUGAUUUCUGUCAUCUUCCAUGAAAGCGGAGUGACUAUCUUCUGUUUGGAACCAAAAUAAGACAAACAAACUUUUACUUUGGAAAACAAUGACAGAAACAGUAACUGAAUGACUUUAAAAACCUUGCCAUGAAGAAGGACAUAGACACACUGAUAGCAGAAGAACGCGCUGACAUCAUUUCCAAAUAUGAGAAGGGCAGGCAAGAGGGUGUCAGGAUUGACCCUUGGGAGGAUGCUGACUACAGCAUCUAUAAGGUGACGGACCGCUUCGGCUUCCUGCAUGAGAAAGAGCUACCGACGCCCAGUGUGCUUGAAGAAAAGCAAAAGCAACAAGAGCUUGAGCGUGUGGGGAAGUGGCUAAAGAUGGUGAAGAACUGGAGCAAGUAUAAGAACAGUGACAAAUUGGUGAAGCGUGUUUAUAAAGGCAUCCCCCUCCAGCUAAGAGGCCAGGCCUGGGCUUUACUUUUGGACAUAGAGAAGGUUAAAAAAGACAAUGAGGGAAAAUAUGAGAAAAUGAAGCAGCAGGCUCGCAGCUUCUCCACAGAGAUCAAACAGAUUGACUUGGAUGUUAACAGAACCUUCCGGAACCACAUCAUGUUCAUGGACCGCUUUGGAGUCAAGCAGCAGGCACUCUUUCAUGUACUAGCAGCCUACUCUGUCUACAACACGGAGGUGAGCUACUGUCAGGGGAUGAGUCAGAUUGCUGCUAUCCUGCUCAUGUACCUGAAUGAGGAGGACGCCUUCUGGGCUUUGUCCCAGCUCCUCACCAACAGCAAACAUGCCAUGCAUGGUUUCUUCAUCCCGGGAUUUCCCAAACUGCAGCGUUUCCAAGCCCACCAUGAGCGGAUACUCUCCAAAAUGCUGCCUAAACUGAGGAAGCACCUGGACAUGGAACAGAUGUCAUGUGGGGUUUACACCACUAAGUGGUUCCUCCAGUGCUUUAUUGACAGAAGCCCCUUCACACUCACCCUGCGUUUAUGGGACAUCUAUAUUCUGGAGGGGGAGAAGAUGCUGACGGCCAUGGCUUAUACAACCCUCAAGUUACACAAGAAGCGUUUGCUGAAGUUUCAGUUGGAGGACCUGAGGGAGUUUCUUCAGGAGCAGCUGGCUGCUUCGUUCUUACUUCCAGACGACAUAGUGGUGGAACAACUACAGGCUGCUAUGUCGGAGCUACGCAGUAAAAAGUUGGACCAACCUCCUCCGGCAAAGUCAGAGGAGCUACCAAAGAAGCCCCUUGGUCAAGAGAGGCCAAUUCACCUGCUCCCUCUGCAGCCAAGCUGUCCUCUUGAAGUCAAAAGUGAUCUGCAGCCCAUCAGCCAGUCUAAUAAGGAGAGCAUCACCCCAGAGCACACCAACCCCCAAGCCUCCAAAAGCCACAGCAGGUCAAGCACACCCUCCCUGCUAGCGCCUGAUUCAGCUGCAUUGCUUCCAAAAGUGACACCGAGGUGUAUGCCUUCCAGAGCACCUCCGUUACCUCCCAAACCAGCAAAACCCUGCGCCGAGGUAAAUGACGGCAAAGAUGUGAAGGGAAGGGUCCCUGAAAAAGCUCAAGGAAGGAAACUUUGUGCAGCCCCAGACACUCGGGAGGAGCCUAUGGAAUGGCCCCCACCCUAUGAAGCCACUUCUCUGGAGGAUCCUAGCAUGCAUACAGAGAUGUUGGACUUGCCAGAGCUGCCACCUCCACCAUUGUUUUACUCCACAGAAGAAGAGCAAACAGUUAGUCCACCGGCCCAGAACCUUUCCCCGCCCCCAUCGGUGGCAACAUUAAAGCAUUCUCCAGAGGCGCCAACCAAGUCGCUGCUGUCUUCUCCCUGCGGCUUCACAUCCUCUUCCUCUCCUAGGCACCCUCCCCCCAAGCCCACUAAAUUUCCGGUGUCCCUGUACGUUCCAGCAACUUCGGCCGACAGGCGCCCUUCCAACACCUCCCAGUACGACAACCUUUCCGAAGCUGAUGAUGACGAUCGCUGCCCAGAGAGGUUGUUGGGCUCCACCCCCGAGGAGGUUCCUGUCCACAGAGACUACGACCCCGCUCUAUAUCCGCUGCCUACACCUCCCAUCUUCAUCCCGUCAUCACCGUCUCCUCUGCUGUCCUUGCACUGCACUCUUCCCAGUUUGCCUCAGGAGUCAGAAUAUGAAGGAGAUGACCGCUGGGUGGAGGGCUCCAUUAUCAUCCCAUCUCCUCCGCCCAACUUUGCAGACAGACUCUCUCCCCAGCCGUGUCACACAACCACCUCGCCCCCUACUUACUCUAAGCCUUUCACUCGGGGCCCCAGGGACCAUUCUGCCUUCCCGGCGCCACUCUUGUACACCAGGUCUCCCCCGGGCCACCCCAGGUUCUCAGGACAGUCUGCGUUGGGAGUGCCUGAGGUGCAAUCCAGCGCAGACUUUUGCAGGAUGCCUCCUGCAGGACAGCAGCCUCCAAAGUCUGUCACCUUUUAAAGUACACUUCACACACCAGAAUGAAGCAUUAGAGUUAAAAAAAAGGCCAGUAGCCAGUCAGUGUGUCGUCAUGGCAAACCUUUUGAACAUUUGAUACGUACAGUAUUAUACGAGUGUGCUGAAGUUUCUAUUUACUACUACAACACGCUUUAUCCUAAUAAGACAACUCAGUGCAUCUUAGUAGAAUGACUGGCACACAAGUUGAACAACUUGACUUUCCAGUGGUAUUUUUUUCCCCUCAUCUCUGAAUAACAUCUCUGCACACAAGUAGAACAACGCAGACACAUACCUGUAUACUCCAUUCAUUCACAGUGAUGUCAUACAGUAGUGGAAAAUAUGUUCCCCGUAAGAAUUGUCUUGAAGAUGGAGUAUAUGGACAAUUGAGCACACUGGUAGGGUAUUGAUAAAUGCUGGAACGGCUUGCCAUUGUGGCAUUAAGGUUGUUUUGUGUUGUUUUAUCACUAUGCCCAAAUUUUUACACCAGAACUUCUUUUCUAAUUAUCAUUUUGCACUUAAAACUGCUGUUUGCCUUGCUUGUGCAUUGGCGUUAUGGUCAUUUCAUACCUUAUCAACAAGCACAAAGAAAUGAAGCUACCAUUACUUCAUGUACAGUUAUGGUAAAUAUUUUCCCACAGUGUCUUAAAUGGAGUUCAAAGAGGGUCUCAAAGCUCACAUUUGGUCCUUCGCUUCCCUUAAAGCCUUCAUUGAACAGUGAGCUGGCUCACAGCUUUUCCUUUAAAUGUCAAAAUGUAUUGCGUAUCUUUAGGUCAAAGAGAAACAACUUAAUUUGAGUGUAAAUUAAUUGAAGAGAGGUUGUGGUGCAAUAAGUUGAUUCAUUUCUUAGGCACCACAGGUUACCAUUUGUUGUUGCCAUUUUAUUGUCGAGUUUUAGCUUUCUCUUUCGUAAUCCCACAUUGUAUAAAACUAAGAUGAAAAACAUGUCAUGCAUACUUGAGAAGUAGAAAAUGAUCACUUGUGAACAACAUCUCCCUCCAGUGGUAGUCAGUUAGAUCAUGCAUUCUUGUCCAGGGGUGAUGCUUUUGAAGAGAGAACAUAUCGUAUGGGCAUGUAGUUAGUUUUCUAUAUGAAGGCAUUCCAAAGGCCCUUGUGAGAAUAUGAAGACAUAUUUAAGAUCAGUCUGAGGUUAGGUCACUUUAAAGUUGUAAUGGCUCAGUGUAAAUUUUCCGGAGAAAUGGAAUUUAAGCCAUCCUAGGAGACUGAAGCAGAGCUUUCUAUUUAUCAGGAUUAUUGCUAAUUCCCACAUUAUAUAUACUGUACAUUGUUUCUGUAAAUGUUGUAUUGCCUGAUAAGUUAAUGCAUACCAGACCUCAUGAGUGCUAUCCUUUUAAUCGACCACUUUAUCCAUUUUUUUUUUAAAUGACACAAACAGCGAAAAAAGAAAAGCCCUUCCUUGGUGGUGCAGAACUGUUUUUUAUAUGUAUUCACUCCUAGGCUGAUGAUUCCAGAAUCCAAGAUAAAAAUAUGGGCCUAAAUAGUUCUGUUAUAUCUGUUGUGGUGGAGAGUUGGCAGCAGAUCAAAUGAAAGCUUUUUGUCUGCAUUUGGCCAAUAUUUGUCACUGUCCGAUGAAAAGCACUGUACUGUGUACUACAACUGUAUUUUAUUUUCAUCUUCUGAUAAAUGAAAACGUUUCAUUCA